AUGUAUGUCCGACUGCUACCCCUGGUGGUGCUGUUGCUGCAGCUCCAGUGGCCCCAACUGCCUGCCGGGUUCCGCGACUCUGAUCUUAUAGACAGCCUCACAUUUGAGCGAAAUGAACAGUCGGUUGUGACAGCUCCGGAAGCCCGACAGCCGGUCAGUAGACGCCACUCACCACCGCCACCGUCGUCCCCGCCGUCGACGCCACCAAUCCGCGGACGCUCUCGCAACCGCCACCGGACCAUCACUACGAAAACCACUUCCAAUAACGGCGAGCAGACUUGUCCGGGGAUAGUUUGUUUCAUAGUCCAGCGGAGCGGAGGUUCGGUGCUGGACUGUCAGUUGGCUGCACCCUGGGACGAUGACAACUCCGUCCGGAUGCUCGAAUGUACCUUCUGGCAACCACCGAACACAUCUCUGCGACCGGCAUUCGGCGGCGGUGGCGGCAGCAACAACAUGCCCGAAGAUAGUCCCGAGGACGGUGGCAGUCACGCCAAGUCUGUGCGCAUUCGUCUGCGUCCCGAGCGUCCCACCGUUUACGGAGCCGCAAUGCAGCGUGAGUCUGUGGACUGGGCAGAAAAUGAUGCUCUCCUAAGGCUGUGUUCCGCUGUGCGAGCUCACCUCCACCUCAGUGCCCGCUCGCAGCUCAAACUCUCCCUGAUUAUGUUGCAGAUCCGUAAGAUGACCCAUCAUGAUCUGUCUCGGCUCUUCUCCAUGGCUCAAGUCAGUGACCUCAUCCUCUGGAACCCCGAGCACUGGGAGGAGACAAGUCUCCUUGAUCAGCCGCCUGGUGUGGUGGGAGUCAGUCCGUUUAUUCGUCUCACGGUCUACUGUGAGGCCGGAAAUGCGGAACCGGCAUUUUCUCGUCUGUGGAUACCAUGGACACGCUGGCAGAUAAAGUUCCGUCAGUGUCGUGGACGUUACACUUGUUAUCCCUGGCCGCCCGGUCAACCACUCUGUUGUAGCCCUGAGCGCUGCACGCAAUUGCCCUACUUUGUCUUGACGCAGAAAUCCGGACUCGGUCGUGAAGGUACUUCCUCAGAACAGUACCUAGCCCACUACACCUGCGAGGCAGAACCCCGCCAGGCGGAUAAUCCUCUGGCAGAAUUGCAUUUUCGACAGGGUUGUUGGACCCUGGCCAAUCAGACACGCGAUACUACUCCGGAGGCGACUGAAACUUCCUCCCAGUCGCUGGUUAGUAACUUUACGACUCUAGCGCCCACUAUGACUGUUACACUGCCAACGUCAGCACAAGUGGUCACAAAGAGCACGACGGAAACGGACUUCCCAGUGACUUACUUUGAUUCGUCAACCACUCUCGUCACCACCGAGAGCCUGGUCGGCGUUGGUCUGGCCGACGAACGAACGCGCAUACGACGCUUAGUAGUGGGGAUCAUCUGCCUACUACUGCUCAACAUUCUGCUGCUCGUUGUCUUUGUGACAAUCGGUUGUUGUCUGAGACGUCGGUUGAGACGACGGCGAAAGCCUUCCAUGGUGUGUCAAAUGAUCUCCGCUAGCAAUGCCAGCGAUCUCGUGCGAGAACAAGUUAAUUCAGGUUCGUUAUUACUAUUUCGAUGCUACUGAACAGUAUAUAGUAGGCAUUUUAUAGCAUGUUGCACGCAUCAGCGAUCGGCGGCGUUUUCAAACACAAGUCAUUAAUGGGGCCUUUUCACGAAAAGUUAUCGUAGGCGAUCACUGUUUUGAAAGUUUUUUUCCGACGUCAUAUAACUCGACUCAAACUUCAUACCGCAGAAACUUGCGAUUUAAACUUGAGCGACAGGGCCCGCACGGGAUUGGGGCUCAGAAAUCUGAUCUGAUUUCAGGGUGGAGCUGUUUGCUCGGUCAUCAUAGGCUAGUCGCAUAAGUACGAACGAUCGAUAAGGAGGUGCGCCACUUCCGCAAGUCACAAACAGUCAGAAAAGCAUUACCGAAAAAAACAAGGGAACUGGAAUGGGCAUUUCUGGUUUCUUAGCCGCCAUCAUCUGGCCAUAUCGAGCCCUGAGGUAGGCAACACCCAAGAGGCCCAAACUCGCGACCUGUCGGUAAGAAGUCCAACACCCAAACCACUGCGCCACGGGCUAUUUGUCCUGCCAGUUGAGGUCGGGUAUAUUAACAACUGUAGAAAGCUAAUGACAAAUAAUAAGCCAGAAAUGGCCAUUCCAGUCUCCCUGUUAUUAGUAGGUAAUGCUGGUCUGCCUAAAUUACGUGUGACUCUGCGGCUGUUGACCGUGCUCACGAGAAAAACACCGAGACACAGCGGAACGAGUGAGUUCCGUAACGCGAUCGGUGCGCCCCCUUCCCCUACCAUUGUAAAGCGUAAGCAGUCAACGUAAUUUCAACGUACAGAAGGGGUGUGUUCUGCAAAGAACAAUUCAGACUUCUUGCCUGAAACAAACGCAUGCAUGUGUCCUUUUCUGAACCUGUACCCUCUGAUCCUCACUCGACUUACUUCCAGAAUUUCGGUAAAAAAUCUAUUUUUUCGGGCAUCGACAUCACAUUAUUAUUGUUAUUUGUAUGGUCGCAGCAUUUUCGGAUAAAUAUGGUCCUGUCUGACGAUUUUGUUUAGAUAAGAGCGUCCGUAUAAUCGGGAUUCCUGACUAGUUGUGCCACUGGACCUUACGGUGCUCAGCUGGAUAAAAGAAUAAUGCAUACUCACACCUCCUAGAUGUUUUAAUUUAUUUUCCUUGCCUUCCUUAAGUUUAAAGAAUUCCCGAUAGUUCCUUUGCGCAAAUAUUUUCGUGCAUUAAUUAAAAUGUCCGACAGUCUCACCAAAAGAGCUUCCAAGGCUUGAGGAGGUCAGUUGCAAGCCUAACCUAGUGCUGGUGAAGUCUGGAUAUUUGUGCUAUUUUUAGUGUCUGGCGGUACCCCGUGCCGGGCACCAUCCUCCGUCCUAAGCUACACCUAAAUUGUCUGAAUGUAUUUGCGCAGACGUUGAAUGCAUAAUAGUCCAUAAUGCUUGACCGUGUUACAGAUUCAAGUCGAACAUUUUACCAAAACUUUAAAGAUCAUCGGCACCUGAAGAGAACUUGAGAGAUCUUGCUGAACUAACUAUACACAUAGCCAUCUCAGUGGAAAUUGAAUAAACAAGCCUGCUGCUUUUACUGCGAUAGCAUGUCCUAAACGGCAGAAAGAUGAGGUUGCUCAAUACCUUUCGCCUUUUCCUUUUAAGAGUCGCGUACAUCUACCCCACCAGUGAAUUUAGUAUCAACCUUGUAUCCCUAUUGAAGGAGUCACCGGGUUUUAUUUACUUAGUGGACUUACGUAUCCAAUCCUCACCGCCAUCCACUUAGGGGCGUUCAUUCAUGACAGUUGGUCGUUUUUUGCUCUGACGGAUGCUUCUAUAACACGUGAGGCCUGCCAAACAGUUUUUCCGCUAAGGAAUGUGCUGCAUGUAAAGUAAUUCAAAUGCCUUUGGGGAUCGCUCACUUACGGGAAGCUCAUGGUUCAGGUAGUUUCAACGAGCGUUAGACAAACGGAACCAAAAUAGGGCCAAGAGUCAUCGACAUUCCCCCGCUGAGGAGGAGGAGGAGGAGGAGGAGGAGAAUGAUAAAAAGGACGCUAUUACAGAUGUUUGCUUCUGACCUACUUCCUCACAUAACAACGUACACGUCUUGUUUCCAAUAUGGCACGAGGUUUGCACAAUCCCCGCGUCCGUAUAGUUUUGCGAUUUGCUGUCUCAACAUAUUUCGUUUCUGUACGUGUGGCCAGCAUUUGAACUACCACUUUGAUUACCAUCAGAUUGUGUGCAAACUUAGUUACUGCGCGACUAGCGGGGGCACUAACGAUGGAUCCCAAAUUUAAACAAACCUGUUGGUUGCUAACAACUCAGGUGUGUACCGCAAAUCUACGAGCCAGUGACUGUGACUCUCGGCUGACGGCCCCUUCACGCUAUUGCUUUCGAAAAUUAAUUGUGGGGUGACUUGGAAUUAAAAGUCCACGACUUUACAGUCAGCUUUUGCUAAAUCGGUGCCUAAUGCAUCGGUACAUGAUUGAAUUUAUGUUUUGCUCAUCAGCGAAAGAGACCCGUUGCCAGUAUGCCAGUGUACUUGGAGUAUCCAAUAGAUUUUCUUGGUAGCUCAAGUAAGGAGUUACGAUAGUUUAUUAGAUGAACAACAAUUUCCUUAAGCGACCGAUCUUGGGGCCAAGUCAACACUCACUUCCAGCUCUUUAGUAGGCCGAAUCUCCGAACGUCAUUCUAAUGACAGCUGAUACUACUUUAUAACUAAGUGAUCCAUUCAGACUCUCUUGUCAGUUCAGACAUUAAACGCGCCGACCUCCCACGAUUCAGAUCGGGUCUAGUUUCUUUUUUACAGCAUGCGAUGUCUCACUGACAACAAAUCCCACUUCCAAAUGUUUAGGGCCCCUGAAUGUCAAAGAGGGGACAACUGGGACACCCGUCAGCACCCCAAACGCACGGACCGCUCUUAACGGCUUCCAAAGCUACCGACCAGAGUUCACUUUUCCCCCAGUCAACCUGCCCAUACAAUCGAAGGAGGAAGAGCAGCUACUGAACCACGGCAACCAAACCGUCCCCGUUGCAGAGGUCUGUCUGUCUUCACCACCGCCCCCACCACUGUCGACGCAGUCAACCUUCCUCCAACGCUUACGCCUGCAUGCACCAUGGCGCCGACGUGGCAGCACUGGCCGCUACAAACAUACUCUCGUGAUAGAGCAUCCCAACGCCUCCCCGACCAUGGACUGGGGCAUAAAGAACUUGCAUCCCCUCUAG